AUGUCAGUUGAAUAUGGAAAAAAAAUUCGAAGUAAUUCAACUAGUGGAACACAUAUAAAAAGACUCCAGAAAUCUGUAAAAAAGAAUACCUCAAAUAUCAAAGAAAUAUCUCAUCAACAAUCACAACAAUGGAAGCGAAGUCAUAGUGUGAAACCAUCAACAAUACAACCUACUAUAGAAGCUUCUUCAAUUAAUAAAAUUGAUAGUUUAAAUAACAAUAGUAAUCAGACACCAUCUGAAUUGUUAAGUGAUCAGUAUAUUUGUUGUCGUUGUUCAUUAAUUCGUAUUGCCAUAUGUGUAUUCACAAUCUUUAUAUUACUAUCAGGAUUUGCUGCAUUGAUUGUUGCUCUUUAUAACAUCAAACCAAAUACAACAACAACAAAUGAAUCCAUUAUUAGUACUACUACUUCAACUACUUUAACCAUGUCGAGCAGUCUUACAACAACUACAAGCACAAAUACAACAACAACAACAAUUGCAACAAUAUGUGGUUCUUCAUGUCUCAAUCAAUCAUGGAUUGAUUCUUCAGGUGUUAUUGCUUUUUGGAAAUUCGAAAAUUCAUUUGCAGAUUCCACAAAUAUUUACAAUGGGACUCCAUCUUCACAAGCUCCUACAUUUGUUUCAGGAUAUGUUGGACAAGCAGCUUCAUUCAAUGCAACUGCAAAACAAUCUAUUUACACAUCAUUUAUUCCAUUGAGUAAUGUUAGUUUUACUUUGGAUGCAUGGAUUGAACAAAAUGGAGAACCAAAUCCAACAGAUUACAGUAUUGUUGGUUUAUGUCUAUCGACAACAACAGAUAAUUGUCUUCAUAUUAGUAUACGUAGUAAAAAAUAUUAUUUUGGAUUCUAUGGUGAUGAUCUUCAAAGUUCAGCAACAAUGCCAUUGAAUUACUGGGUACAUGUAGCAUUUGUUUUUGAUGUUACUACUCGUAAGCAGAUGAUUUAUGUUAAUGGAUUUCUUGAUCAACAAAGAACUGCAUCUGGUACCUUAAAACUUACUUCAAGAAAUUUUACCAUUGGUACUAAUCUGCUUGUAAGACUUCCAAAUAAUACCUUUCAGGGUUACAUUGAUCAAUUAUCAAUAAAUGCACGUUCAAAAUCUUCCUGUGAAAUACUUGAAAUAGCAACACUAGCUGCUCAUUUCAAAUUUGAUGUUACUUCACCAUUGAGUGAUUCUGGACCUAAUUCAAUGAUAAGCACGGCUUCGAAUUAUUUAAUUAUAUCUGGUUAUAAAAAUCAAGCUAUAUCAUUUUCUGGUGCAUCUACUUCUUAUUAUCAAGUAUCAAGUUUUACUUCGUUUGGUAUAACAAAUCAAUCAUUUUCAAUAACAUUUUGGAUUCAACCUCAAAUUCUAUCAGGUACAAUUGUUCAUUUAUCAACAUCAUCUUUAGGUACAGGAUCUCAAUGUUUUCCAUUAUUGGGUUUUACUUCAAAUCGAACAAUUAUUGCACAAAUUUUAACCAAAAAUAAUACUGUUGUAUCAAUAACAGGUCCUAUUUUAUCAGUAUCAUCAUCAUGGAUAGCAGUUGGUUUAACAUGGAGUCAGACAAAUGGAUUGAAAUUAUAUAUUAAUAAGACACUUAUUAAUUCUAUGAUAGCUUCGACAUUUCUAGCAAGUAAAACAACAUCAAAUUAUUUAACAUUAGGUAAUUGUUUGAAUGGUUGUAGUGGAUGUUUUAAUGGAUCAAUUGAUGCAGUUGGUCCAUUUACAGGUGCAAUUGAUGAUUGGCGAAUUUACAGUCGAGAACUUAGUUCAAAUGAUAUUUGUACUUUAUAUUCCUAUUAA